AGUGCCAAAACACCUGGUGUGGUAACACACCCGAGACACCAGAAUCUUAAAGUCUGAUGUUUGAUUUACCAUAAUUUAAAAUUACAAUAGCAAAUAUCAGUGACUUCCUCGCACAAAUGGCAUAAGAGGUCCGUUUAGUUGACAGGCGUGUCAUAUGCAACUGGCUGUGCACUUUAGACUUUAGAAAAGAUUCAUAAUCUCAAAGAUGAGGAGAGCUAGUACCCUUUGUAGUUUUGCCAAAGGCGCCCCUUUGCGACUUUUGUCAACAAGCUCAACGCGGCAAGGGCCUCAAGUUUGCGUUGUUGGGGCCGGUCCUGCUGGCUUUUACGUGACGCAGCACCUUGUAAAGACCUUGCCAGAAGCAAAUGUGGACAUUUACGAGAAACUACCUGUGCCUUUUGGAUUAGUUCGUUUUGGGGUGGCACCUGACCACCCUGAGGUGAAGAACGUCAUCAACACUUUCACAAAAACUGCACAAAACCCCAGGGUCCGCUUUGUUGGUAAUGUUUCGCUUGGAAAAGAUUUGUCCCUUCAAGAACUCCAGCGGCUCUAUCAUGCUGUCAUUCUGACAUACGGCGCUGAGCAUGACAAGAGUUUGGGCAUUCCUGGGGAAGACCUGGGAAACAUAUUAUCUGCAAGGCGAUUCGUUGGCUGGUACAAUGGACAACCUGGAGAUGAAAAUUUGAACCCUGACCUCAGUACAGACACCGUGGCUGUGCUAGGUCAAGGAAAUGUCGCUUUAGACGUGGCCAGGGUUCUCCUCGCGCCAAUCGAUUACUUGAAGUCCACAGAUAUCACGGCACACUCGCUUGAGGCGCUUUCCAAAAGUCAAGUGAAGCGUGUCAUGUUGAUUGGUAGAAGAGGUCCAGUGCAGGCUGCUUUUACAAUAAAGGAACUGCGUGAAAUGCUGAAAAUGGAGGGUUGCAAGUCAGUUUUUCGGCAGGAUGACUUCAAAGGAGUUCAAGAAUUUUUGCCAAGUGUUGCUCGUCCUCGCAAAAGGCUGACAGAGUUACUGGCUCAAGCAGCGCUGGACCCUAAAGCUGAGUGGCUUGAAGCCUGGAAAACGGCAGAGCGAAGUUUCGAGCCAAUUUUCUACCGCAGUCCAGCUGCUUUCCUCCCAAGUUCCUCUAAAGCUGGGACAGUAGGUGCAGUUAAACUGGCCGUUACUGAGCUUCAGGGGGAGAUGAGUGAGACCCAGGGGGUGAAGAACACUGGGGCUUUUGAAGAUGUGAAGUGCGGCCUUGUCUUGAGAAGCAUUGGCUACAAAGGACUUCCUGCUGAUCCAGACAUUCCAUUCGACUCAAAGUCAGGCGUUGUCAGAAAUUCUAAGGGAAGAGUUGAAGGUCUUCCAGGUGUUUACUGCGGAGGAUGGUUGGGCACUGGUCCAGUUGGCGUGAUUGUGAACACGAUGGGGAAUGCAUUUGAGCUUGGUCGAUUGAUUGAAGGCGACAUUAAAGAUGGGACAAUCAACGCUACAACUGCGAAGCCUGGAUAUUUGGAGGCCGCGAAAAUACUUGAUAAUAAAGGUGUGCAAGCUGUGUCUUUCAAAGACUGGGAAAAAAUAGACCAGGAGGAACAGAACCGAGGAAAGGCUAUUGACAAGCCAAGAGAAAAAAUUGUUUCCGUCUCCGAGAUGUUGAAGGUUGUAGCAAAUUAAACUAUCAGGUUAUAUCUUUUGUUUAUAUAUUUUAUAUAUGGUUUAAUAAAAGUUAUCAUAAUUGUUUUCAACAAUAUGAGAAAA